CAGGCGCCCUGGUCAGAAGAUGGCGGCGUCGGAGGCCAGCGACAGUGAGGAGGAGGAGCUGGCGGGCUAUGGCACCGCGCUGGAGCCCCUGCCGGAGGGUGAACGAAUUAAGAAGCCAGUUCCUCUUCAAGAGCAGACUGUUAAAGAUGAAAAGGGACGAUACAAACGUUUUCAUGGAGCAUUUAGUGGUGGUUUCUCUGCUGGCUACUUCAACACUGUUGGCUCAAAGGAAGGAUGGGCCCCUUCAACUUUUGUAUCAUCACGUCAGAAGAGAGCAGACAAAACAGUCCUUGGACCAGAAGACUUUAUGGAUGAAGAGGAUCUAAGUGAAUAUGGGAUAGCGCCUAAAGAAAUUACGACGACAGAUGACUUUGCUUCCAAACCCAAAGAUAGAAUAAAAGAAAAAGCUAGGCAGAUUGCAGGGGUAACAGCAUCCAUUCCAGGAGCCACUGCACUGGAUGAUUUAAUAGCACCAGCAAAAAUAACUAUUGGUGUUGAAUUAUUGCGAAAAAUGGGCUGGAAAGAAGGACAAGGAGUUGGACCUCGAGUAAAGAGAAAGCCACGCAAACAAAAACCUGAUCCUGAAGUAAAAGUUUAUGGCUGUGCGCUACCACCUGAAGGAUCUGAGGGAUCUGAGGAUGAAGAGGAUGAAUAUCAGCCGGAGAAUGUGACGUUUGCACCCAAAGAUGUAAUGCCUGUAGACUUGACUCCUAAAGAGAAUGUCCAUGGACUUGGUUACAAGGGUCUAGACCCCACCAAAGCAUUGUUUGGGGUUUCAGGAGGAGAACACCCCAGUCUUUUUACUGAUGGUUCUGAAAAGACAAGUAAUCUACUUGGUGAUCUGAGACAUAGUAAAGGAAGAAAAUUGGGUAUCUCAGGCCAGGCUUUUGGUGUAGGAGCUUUGGAAGAAGACGACGAUGAUAUAUAUGCUACUGAAACAUUGUCAAAAUAUGAUACAGUUCUGAAAGAUGAGGAACCUGGAGAUAUGCUGUAUGGUUGGACUGCACCUAAGCAGUAUAAAAACAAGAAAGGAAUGGAGAAAGAAGUUAGAUAUAUUGGCAAAAUUCUGGAUGGCUUUUCCUUGGCUUCUAAAUCAUCAGCUCCAAAGAAGACUUAUCUACCGCCUGACCUGCCAAGGGAUUACAGACCAGUCCAUUACUUUCGACCAGUGAUAACAGCUAGAAAUGAAAACCCCCUUUUACUUCAGGCAUUAGCUGAAUCAACUGGGAAACGUGAGACUGAUACUCCACAGCAAAACAGACACACACUGAAUGCAUCUCAGAGGAGGGAAUUGCUAGGAGAGACUGCUCUAAAAGGUCCAUCUCCUUCUGUUUUGGAGUAUCUGUCAGGGAAAGACAAAGAGAGAAUCAAAGAAGCAAAACAGGCAGCUGAACAACAAAUGAAAACACAAACUUUGCCUCAGCAAUCCCUGAAUAUCUCAUCUUCCUCAGAUGGUGUUAAUCACAAGUGGCAAAUGGCAUUAGGGGAGCAGUUAGCCACCCCUGGUUCUAGUGACUUCAAACCAUUUGCAAAAAAUCCAGAAAAACAAAAAAGAUAUGAGGAUUAUGUAGAGAGUCUUAAACAAGGACAAAAAGAUACACCAGAGAGUCAUUCAGAUCCGGGAAUGACAGAAUGGGAGCGAGGAAGGGAACGAGAGGAGUUCUUCCAUGCAGCAGUGCUCUACAAAUCCUCCAACUCAGUCCUGUCAUCAAGGUUUACUCGGGCCAAGCAUGAAGAUGACACCGACAAAGUGGAAGUUCCUCGAGACCAAGAGAUGGAUAUUGAUGACAAAGAAUCUGCAGUGAAGAUGAAGAUGUUUGGCAAGCUCACAAGAGAUAAGUUUGAGUGGCACCCUGAGAAGCUACUGUGUAAAAGAUUUAAUGUUCCUGAUCCCUACUCUGAUUCAUCGAUUGUUGGGUUACCCAAAGUGAAACGUGACAAGUAUUCUGUAUUCAAUUUCUUAACUCUACCGGAGUCUACCACAACAACUAUAACUCAAACAACAAAUGAAAAAAUACAACAGAAUAUCAAUCCUAACAAGCCAAAGAAACCAUCAAGAUGGGAUGUAUCUGACAAAGAGAAGAAGAAAAAUGAUUCUGUUAGUGAGUUCCUAAGUCUUGCUAGAUCAAAAGUUGAUAUUCAGCAGCAACAACCAGAAUCAGUAAUAGAAGAAGAUAGAAGUAGAACAAAUGAGCCCCUUCCCAAUAAGGCAGUUAAUGAAAGCACAGAUCCGAAAAAAGAAGAAGAAAGCAGACCAUCUAUGGACUUAUUUAAAGCCAUCUUUGCCAGUUCCUCAGAUGAAAAAUCAUCCUCAUCUGAGGAAGAUAGUGAUGAAGAGACGCAUCAGACACCUUCUGCUAUGCCAAACUCAGAAAGUACAAAGCCUGCUAAUCUACCAGAUGCCUCCUCAGCUGAUGUACAAGAAUGCAUGGCUGUUACAAAAGAGCCUGACCUUGUGCCACCUCUUUUGAAGGAGGAGCUGGAUAAGAAAGAAGAAUUUGGACCGAGGUUGCCUCCAGUUUUCUUUUCUAAGACUACUCAGAAACAUGAGCCAGUACCACUAGCGAGUUCUCUUGAAGCCAAUCAGAAAGAGAAACCUAAAAAGAACAAAGAAAAACACAAGGCUAAGAGAGAGCACAAACACAAAAAGGAAAAGAAAAAGAAACAUAAGAAGCACAGGCACAAAGGCAAACACAAGAAUAAAAAAUCAGAGAAAAACAGUAGCUCAGAGACUGCUGAUAGCAGUGACAGCCUUAGUGACAUAGAGGAGGAGAUCACAGAUUUGUCAUCCCAGGAACUUCUAAGAAGACUGAAACAUCUUCCUGCAAUGAAGCAGUAACUUGCUUUCUUCAAUACUGUAUGACUUUUGGUCUGAAACUUUGAUCUCCUCCAUGAUGGAAGAUCAGUAAUGUAUAGAUUGCACUGUAAAUGUUGUAUUUAUGCUGAAUAUAUGUUUGAAAUCAUAAAUUUAUAAUUUUUUUCUGUGAUAUUUUACCAUUUUAAACUAUAUGAAUUGUGGAAUGUUGGAAAGAUCUUUCUUUUUUUUUUUUUUUUUUUUUUUUUUUUUUUUUUUUUUUUUUUUUUU